AUGGUUGGCUUCAAACCCACAGAUGUCCCGCCCACCGCAGCUGUGAAGUUCGUCGGUGCUGGCACUGCAGCUUGUAUAGCUGACCUGUUCACCUUCCCCCUGGACACCGCCAAAGUCCGACUGCAGAUUCAAGGAGAGGGAAAGACCCCUGUCAACUUGAAGACCGCCCAGUACAAGGGAGUCUUUGGGACCAUUUCCACCAUGGUCAAGACAGAAGGGCCCAGGAGCCUGUACAAUGGGCUGGUAGCGGGUCUACAGCGACAGAUGAGCUUUGCGUCCGUCCGAAUUGGACUGUAUGAUUCUGUCAAGCAAUUUUACACCAAGGGAUCAGAACAUGUUGGAAUUGGAAGCAGAUUGCUUGCUGGCUGUACCACCGGAGCCAUGGCGGUAGCAAUUGCUCAGCCCACAGAUGUGGUCAAAGUGAGAUUCCAGGCCCAGGCCAACACUUCCAGUGCUAGGCGGUACAAGGGAACAAUGGAUGCCUACAAGACUAUUGCCAAGGAAGAAGGCAUGCGCGGCCUCUGGAAAGGUACCGCCCCAAACAUCACCCGCAAUGCCAUUGUAAACUGUACCGAGCUGGUCACCUAUGACCUCAUCAAAGACUCCCUCCUGACCUACAACCUUAUGAGUGACAACCUUCCAUGUCACUUCACCUCUGCAUUUGGAGCUGGCUUCUGUACCACGGUGAUCGCCUCCCCUGUUGAUGUAGUGAAGACAAGAUACAUGAACUCUGCCAAGGGGCAAUAUCGGAGCGCCCUGAACUGUGCCUUCACCAUGCUCCAGAAGGAAGGACCAAAGGCUUUCUACAAGGGAUUCAUGCCCUCUUUCUUGAGGCUGGGAUCCUGGAACAUCGUCAUGUUCGUCACAUAUGAACAGCUGAAGAGAGCCAUGAUGUCCGCUCGUGUCUCCUGGGAGGCCCCUUUCUGA